ACCCCCAUACCCUGAGCAAGCACUUCAAACACUCACAUCUCUAGAGCUACUACCCAACACACGAGAACCAGAUGCAAAGCAAAAUGCGAUCUGCCUCAACACCCCUGCUCUACCUUUGUGUCCUUGUCAUGCCAUCAUGUCUCCUUCUCUUGCAACGAGCGCAUGCAGCAGCGCGUCAUGGUGGCAUAUCACUCAUGUCUCAACAGAAGGCCCUCCUCCACUGGAAAUCAACACUCGCAAACCCAGCAGCGGAGAUGAGCUCCUGGCGGGACACCACCAGCACCAGCAGCAGCCCGUGCAACUGGACGGGGAUCAUGUGCACGGCUGUUCGCCAUGGCCGCAGCAUGCCCUGGGUCGUGACCAGCAUCUCCCUGCCAGAUGCUGGCAUCCAUGGCAAGCUUGGUUCCAUCCCCGCUGAAAUAGGAAGGCUAGUCAUGUUAAACAAACUUGAUCUCUACCAAAAUCAAAUAACAGGAACGAUACCUCCAGAAGUAGGCAACCUCACUCAGCUGAACAUACUUCGUGUCUAUAAAAAUCGACUAACGGGUUCUAUACCCCCAGAACUAGGCAUCCUAGUAAAUCUCUCGAAUUUGGACCUAUCAGCCAACCAAAUCGCUGGCUCUAUUCCUGCCAGCUUAGGAAACCUUACUAAUUUAUUAAGAUUGUCCCUUUUUAGAAAUCAGAUAACAGGCUCUAUCCCACAGGAUAUUGGCAAUUUGGUGAACCUCCAAACAUUGUUCUUGGACGAGAAUAAAAUUUCUGGCUCAAUACCCAAAACAUUUGGAAACCUACAAAACAUCCAACGUCUGAACAUGAAUGAUAACAAAUUAACGGGAUCUCUUCCUCAGGGAUUUGGAGAUCUCAAGAACAUAGUCGGCCUUAAUCUGGCUGAUAACUCCCUUUCUGGACCUUUGCCUAUGAAUAUAUGUACCGGCGGCAGUCUCAGAGCUUUUGUAAUGUCUCUGAAUAUGUUCAAUGUCUCAGUUCCAUGGAGCUUAAAGACCUGUACAAGUUUGACUGGACUUUACCUUGACGGAAACCAACUGACAGGAGAUAUAUCUCACCAUUUUGGAGUUUACCCACAACUUAGGCACAUAUGGUUGACAUCCAAUAGACUCUCUGGGAGCAUUGCACCAAAGUGGGGAGACUGCCCCCAACUAAAGGAAUUCAAGCUAGGACAAAACAUGAUUACUGGUCAAAUACCUCCCACCCUAUCAAAAUUAUCCAAUUUGGUAGACCUAACACUCGAUUCUAACCACAUAACUGGUUGGAUUCCACCAGAGUUUGGAGAUUUGAAAAAUCUUUAUAUCUUGAAUCUGUCACUCAAUCAGUUAUCAGGCCCUGUACCUUUGCAGUUGGGGAAGUUGAGAAAUUUAGGACACCUUGAUCUAUCUGAAAACAGUUUGAGUGGAUCAAUACCAGAGGAAUUGGGAAGCUGCAUAGAACUAUUGUUCUUGAAGAUCAACACCAACAACUUCACUGGAAAAUUGCCUGGUGCAAUUGGAAAUUUAGCAAGCCUACAGAUGAUGUUAGAUGCCAGCAAUAACAAACUUGAAGGUGUCUUGCCAAAAGAACUUGGAAAGUUGGAGAUGCUGGAAUUUCUUAAUUUAUCCCAUAACCAGUUCAGUGGAAGCAUUCCGUCCUCCUUCGCAAGCAUGCGUGGAAGUCUCCACACGACUUUACAAGAUGAGGAAUUAGCCAAGGGAUUGGAUUGGCAUAAGAGAGCUGCCCUUAUAAAUGAUGUUGCUCAGGCAAUAUCCUAUUUGCACAAUGACUGUAGUCCUCCUAUAAUUCAUCGAGAUAUCACAAGCAACAACAUCCUGCUUGAUACAAAUUUUAAGGCUUAUGUCUCAGAUUUUGGUACAGCAAGGAUUUUGAAGCCUGAUACAUCAAACUGGAGUGCACUAGCAGGGACAUAUGGCUACAUUGCUCCUGAGUUGUCCUACACUUCUGUUGUGACAGAGAAAUGUGAUGUGUACAGCUUUGGUGUGCUUGUGCUAGAGGUGUUGAUAGGGAAGCAUCCAAGAGAUCUACUCCAACAUCUUGCCUCAUCAACAGAGCCAUAUACUCUUGUCAACAAAAUCUUGGACCAACGGCCUUCAGCACCAACAACAAUAGAAGAGAAAAACAUAGUUUUCCAAAUCAAGGUAGUAUUUUCUUGCUUGAAAGCUUCCCCUCAAGCAAGGCCAACAAUGCAGGAGAUCUACCAGAUGCUCAUCCAUUAUGAAUCUUCCACUUCAGUGUGAAGACAACAUGUUGUAGUUACAUUCGAUGAACUAUGGGAUGCAUAAGAAUGGUAGGGAUGAUUACCUCUCUGUUUGUUGUAAUGAAUAGCGAUACAGCUGAUUUCCGGCAAAAUCUAGCAAUAUAGUUGUUGGGGACACUUUCUGAGGCCAGGCAUAAAAUAUGCAGGUUUAUCUUCAAUAAAUGCAAUCAACACUAAGUGCAUUUUUAAACCAUUGUAGUAUUCCAGUAGUGUUUUUGCAAGAGGUAAUAUGCAAAUUCCUUACUAAACAGGUGGUUGAAUAUCUUCCACUUGAACUUCUUUCACUGUGAUUGCUGACCCUUGUGCAUUCACUAUGAUUUGUUGUAUAGCGCAGC